UCACACAAACUCACGCACACACACGCACACACACACCCACAUGCACACACACACACGCAUACACACAUAUUGGCAUACAGACACGAACAAGGACAUCUAUAUUGCAUUCUCAACAUCACCAUGAACAAUGCUCACAAAUCAGAGACAAAUUAAGCAAGUCUUCCUUACUUGUUGUCCGUCUUAUUCGUAUUAACUUUUAUCACAUAACACCAAUACCUGCACUCUUAAAAUGUCAUUAUAUUUUCCACGAGCAAAAUGGGUAACAUUAAAAGCUGCACAAAAAAAGCUCCUGAAAUGGUAGCUUAGUUUUAUAACACAGGCGAAUGCAAUGCUGUGUUUUCAGUGUGCAGUAUUUGUUUUUUCCCCAGACUUUGCACCAACACGUUAAUAUUUAUUAUCCAAGUUUCCACUAACUAGUCCAUACCUGAGUUAUGCACCACAAUGAGACAUAUGUGAUUGUGUUUUUAACAUGAUAUUUUCAAGAAAGCUAUUCAGAGGUUCAAGACAAAUUUGUGCCCUUUUAAAACUUAAAUAAAAAUACACCUCCAGAGACUGGGAAGAUUUGUUUAAAUUAUUGCACAAUGACUUAUGCAUGUGAAAGAGUGUCAUGGAGUGUAGAGUUYGAUUCUACUGUUCAAAUGUAGGUCACUGCACUCAUCAAGGAGAGUACAUGGGGGUGGGGGAAGAGCAUAAAUCUCCUUAUUUAUAUGUGUUCCUACUUUUAUUUACAUGUUAGACKUUUCCCUGUUAACUAUUUUUGUACCAUCAGUCAUUUCAGUCUUUUUGUUUCUCAUUAAAUGUUUGUUUCAGUUACUCUCCWUUUUUGUGUGAUUURUUAUUACAAUUUAAGGGGAAGGUUUAGUGCUUGCUGUCUUUUAUUGUACUGCUCAGUCUGGCAAUUUUUAUGUGUAUUUAAAAUUGCUCUAAUUUUUAUUGUGACAAGUUUGUUAAAGAGGUUGUUACAAACAGAGAGAAUUCAAAAUGARUCCAGGAAUAUCUGUAAAUAUCAUUUUCAGGUAUUUUAUGUCAUUGAUUUUCCCCAUUUUCUUUCAUUUUAAACAGUUUUAUUGAUGUUGUGCAACACAGACGGUUAGAAAAGAGGGGAUGUAUGAAGUCUGGAUGAACCGAACAGCUGAAAUAGAGGAAGGGUUUUGCACACACAGAGAUUACGUCGUUCUGUUCUAUGACUUUAGAUGGUGCUGUUGCCUAAGCACACUGCUGGUGUGUUUAAUGAAUCUGUCUCCACCCGUCUCAGACAGAAAACUAGACAAGGAUUGGAUUUCUACUCACUCCAUUUGGACCGAGUUGUGGCUUUGCUUGAUUCUGAAGACUUUAUGAAAAAAAAUAAAAAUAAAAAAAUAAGAAGGUUUUUUUUUUUCAUCAUUAUAUUUCUUGAGACGAAAUGGGUAAUCUGAAACACAGAGGCCGUAUGCUCGUUUGGAAAAUCUCCAUUUUGCUUUUCUGCCUCCAUGCUGCGGUCAGCGGGCAAAUUCGCUAUUCUAUACCAGAGGAAAUGAGGAAAGGACUGUUUGUUGGAGACGUUGCGAAGGACCUAGGAUUGGACAUUAGAAGGUUGGUGUCCGGUCGGGCUCGACUUGUAAUAGAUGAUGAGCAUCAAUAUGUCUCUCUGAACCAGAACAAAGGACACAUCGUAGUCAAUGAACGGAUUGACAGAGAAAUCCUUUGCGCAAAAARGUCGCCCUGCAGCUUUACUCUAGAAAUUGUUCUGGAAGAUCCACUCGAGUUGUUUGCAAUUACAAUCGAGAUACAAGACGUGAAUGAUCACGCUCCCGUUUUCCCGAAAAAURAAAUUAAUUUAGAAGUUAGUGAAUCGACGUCCGCCGGCACGGUUUUUCUGCUCGAUAGCGCAGUUGAUCCCGACGUGGGAAUAAACUCACUGCAGACAUAUUCGUUAAAAGGAAAUGAACAUUUUGUUCUUAAGCAACAUACCAGAGCCGACGGUAGUAAAUAUCCUGAAAUUAUGCUUCAAAGUAAUCUGGACCGUGAAAAACAAAGCGAGCAUACGCUGAUAUUAACAGCGGUUGAUGGUGGAGAACCGCAAAAAUCAGGAACCGUAAAGAUUCAUGUGUCCGUCUUAGAUGCAAAYGACAACUCGCCAAUUUUCACGCAGUCAUCAUAUAAGGCAUCUGUUUUGGAAAACGUUUCACCGGGUGUGAUUAUAGCGAAAGUCAGUGCGGAAGAUGCGGAUCAAGGUUACAAUGGCAACAUCACAUAUUCCUUCACCCACCAAAAAGAUGAUUCCUCGUGUCCUUUUGAGAUUAAUCCCACCAGUGGAGAGGUUAAACUAACUGGUGAGCUAGAUUUCGAAAUGUAUCCGAGUUAUGAAAUAAAUCUUCAAGCUAAAGAUCCGUGGGGGUUAGCAGGUGCCAGCAAGUUAAUAAUUGAGGUAGCAGAUGUAAACGACAACAGCCCCGUCAUUACAAUGACGUCAUACUCAGGUAAGAUUUCUGAAGAUUCUCCUUUUGGUACAGUAGUGGCUUUGAUUAGUGUACAAGAUAAGGAUUCAGGGAGAAACGGUCAKGUGCAUUUAACUAUAGAAGAAAAUCUACCAUUUAAAAUUAAAUUGUCUCUAAGAAACUAUUAUACGCUGGCGACAGAACAAAUCCUGGACCGGGAGAGACACUCUAAAUACAACAUUACUCUCACUGCCACUGAUGAAGGCGUACCUGCYUUAUCAAGCACGAAGGUUUUAGGUCUAGAAGUCACUGAUGUUAAUGACAAUGCUCCAGCAUUUAUCAAGGAUAAUUAUAACAGUCAGGUUAUGGAAAAUAACCAUCCUGGUGUUUCAUUGCUGCAGGUCCACGCAAAGGACCCAGACCUCAGUCAGAACGCACGUAUUUCGUAUUAUCUUAUUGACAGCGAAAUUAAUGGAAAUCCAGCGUCUACGUAUUUCUCAGUUAAUACAGAAAGUGGAGACAUCCAGUCRUUGCGUUCAUUUGAUUAUGAACAGAUCAAAGAAUAUAAAAUACGUGUACAAGCACAGGAUGGAGGCUCUCCUCCACUCAGCAGUAACGUGACCGUAAAAAUCCUGAUCCAGGAUCAGAACGAUAAUCCACCUCAGGUUUUGUACCCAGUCCAGACUGGAGGCUCCAUGGUGGCUGAAAUGGUUCCUCGUUCAGCAGAUGUGGGCUACCUGGUGACCAAAGUGGUGGCUGUGGAUGUGGACUCUGGACAGAAUGCCUGGCUCUCCUAUAAACUCCAGAAAGCCACAGACAGAGCGCUGUUUGAAGUGGGCUUACAGAAUGGAGAAAUAAGAACUAUCCGUCAGGUGACUGAUAAAGAUGCUGUGAAACAAAGACUGACUGUCAUAGUGGAGGACAACGGGCAGCCCUCUCGUUCAGCUACAGUCAUUGUUAACGUGGCGGUGGCGGACAGCUUCCCUGAAGUGUUGUCGGAGUUCACUGACUUUCCACACGAUAAGGAAUACAAUGACAACCUGACUUUUUACUUAGUGUUGGCUCUGGCUGUGGUUUCCUUCCUCUUCAUCACGUGUUUAGUGGUUAUUAUAUCAGUGAAGAUCUACAGVUGGAGACAGUCUCGCAUCCUGUAUCACUCCAGCCUCCCUGUGAUUCCAUAUUAUCCACCUCGUUACUCMGACACUWUGGGAACAGGAACUCUGCCACACGUGUACAAUUACGAGGUGUGCAGGACAACUGACUCCAGAAAGAGUGAUAUUAAGUUCGGAGGAGCUGGUAGUCAAAACGUGAUGCUAAUGGAUCCCACAUCUGUUGGGACGAUGCAGCGGAUACAGAGUGAGAGGAACAUCCUGGAUGAACCCGACUCUCCAGUAGAGGUUAGCUAA